AUGCUUCAAUGUACAGAGUGUGAGAUGUGGAGGUUACUGUUUACAAAGAACAAGUUGAAACCAGCUCAGAAGACACAAUUGACGAAUGUGCUUGGAGAUGAUGUGGAGUACACCUGCGGUGCAACAUUAGGUGAGUUGAACUGUUAGAUAUUGUUCUACAAUUUUGGUCAGAGUGAAGGUUGCAUGAAAUUUCAAUUUGAAAAUCUUACAACUACGGCUACAUGUAGUUAAUAUAUUUAAUGCAUAUUUAUAUAUCAAUAUUUAGGAAUGAACAAAGUACAUUCUAGUGUAUUGUUUUUCAGAGGAAUUUGAAUGGCCAGAAAACUUUCCCACCGUGUUCAUCAGAGACCAUACGUGCUAUGACAAGAUCGAGAAGCUCUACUACUCUUGUGAUUAUGAGGAUAUUUGUAUUUAUUGCUCAAAGGACUCUAACCUAGUUGAAAUUGAAGAUAAUGUUUUUUAUCCACAGUGCCAGGAAUGCAUUAAUAAAGGAAGGAAUAAAAUUGCAUGA